UCUGGCAAGGCAGUGGGCACCGAGUCACCAGGUACGACAGCGGGCUCUGAGUCAAUUGGCACGACAGCGGGCCGGAUCAGGUACCGGAUCAACAGCGGGCAUCGAGUCAACUGGCCUAAUAGGAUCAUCAGGCUGGAUCAGUUCAUUAUGCUGGGUAGAGGCAUCAGGCUGAGUGGAGGCAUCAGGCUGAGUGGAGGCAUCAGGCUGAGUAGGGCAUCAGGCUGAAGAGAGGCAUCAGGCUGAAGAGAGGCAUCAGGCUGAAGAGAGGCAUCAGGCUGAAGAGAGGCAUCAGGCUGAAGACAGGCAUCAGGCUGGGUACAGGCAUCAGGCUGGGUACAGAC